UAACAGAGAUCAGCGGAUUUAUUGAAUGGGUAUGUAAUUCAUGUCAAGAAUGUCAACAGGAAUCAACUUUGUUACAUAAUCACCCGAGUCAUGGACUCGAAGCGUAAAAUGAAACGAUCUGGAAAUAUUCAAGAACCAAGUAGCAUUACAGAUGGCAGUGAGUCUGGAAGUAUGUUGUUACGGGUUCAACAUGCUCAGUCGUUGCUCACAGCCCUAGAAAACAUGCGAAGACAGGAAGAACUGUGCGAUGUGGAACUCGUUGUGGCCGGUAGAGAAAUCAAAGCACAUCGUGUUAUUCUAGCCGCUGUAAGUCCUUAUUUCAAUGCCAUGUUUACGAGUGAUGUUGUAGAAAGCAAACAGAAGGUCGUGCAUUUAAACGAUCUGGAGCCUUUGGCAGUUCAGACGGCGGUGGAAUUUGCUUAUGUAGCUAGAGUCAACAUAACGGUUGACAAUGUCCAGUCACUUUUGACUGUCGCGACUUUGCUGCAAAUGGACACUUUGACGGAAAAGUGUUGCUAUUUUUUAGAGAAUGAACUCCAUCCUUCAAACUGUCUCGGUAUACGGCGUUUUUCCGAGAAUCACGGCUGCUUUAUGCUCAGCAAAACAGCCUACGAGUAUACUUUGCGAAAUUUCAACCACACUACACAAAUGGAAGAGUUCUUUCAAUGUCCUUUAGAGGAAGUUCUUAAACUACUGAGUGAGGACUCUCUGUAUGUGCGGCACGAGGAAGAAGUGUACGAAGCUGCUUUACGAUGGGUGAACUACAAGAAACACGAAAGACUCAAGGCAGUUCCCCAAAUAGCUGAGACGAUCAGGUUCCCCUUGAUGGCUUGGGAGUUCCUUGUAACAAAGGUAUUGGAUGAUGGAUUUAUCUCCAGCAAAGGCGACAGCUGUCAUCUAUUUGAGGAGGCCAGGAUGUACCAUCUGUGUCCUCAGUUGCGAAGUGACAUAAAAUGUGGCAGCCGAUUUCGGCCACGGAAAUUGUAUGGUCAGGCAGAGUGGAUAUAUGUUAUGGGUGGGGAAAUUAAUCCUGGUGAGCAUAAAAUUAAUUUUCAGCCCUGGCCCGGGUUGUUCAAAGCUGGGUUAAGAUAACCCAGGGUUAGUGUGAAAUUUGAGUGCAGUUCUGAAGGCUUUAAAAGAAAAUUCAGUUCAAAUAUUUUUGCUUGCAACUUGAUCAUUGAAUGUUCUGGAAAGGAAUGGGGAAACUCUAGCCUAAAAUACUUUUGAACAAAGAAAUAAAGAAACUUGUAUUAAAAUUUAAUCCUGGGUUAGCACUGAUUGACCUUCAAACAACUGGGUGCUGGUCUUCUCCUAGUGUGAAAAAAAAAAAGAGUUGAAGUGAGAAUCUUUUUUUUGCAUAAUUUUUGAUGCCUCUUUGCCAGCAUAUAUGGAUGUUGCAAAAAAGUUUUCUUUUGAAUUAUGGUGAAAUUUAUAAACUUCAAACUCAUUUAAGUUGUCUGUUCAUGGUGCCCUACCAGUUUAAGCAAAUGUUUUGUAUAUGGGGUUAGUUUUUAAACAUCUGUAGAGCUGUGUUGAAGUGGGAAGGGAGAAUCUUGCAAGUUGAUUUGGUUUCAUCCACUGGGUUGAUAAUGUAAAUUAGCCAAUGUAGAAAAUUUCUAAAGCUGAUGUCGGAAGAUUAAUACUCAAACGUUAGCUUUAGAGACUCUUUAUGGUGGCCAAUGUCAUUAACACUUUGGUAAGAGGGUGCUUAAUCAAGGGAGAAGGGGAUGCACUUAUUAUUUCUCCUGUGCUGAUUCCACUUUAGUUGAAGCUUCAAAAGGUAGAAAUUUUGAGGCAAUACAAAUGGCUUAUCCUUGGAUCCCUACUGUUUAAGAAAGUGAGGGUGGAGGGGGGUGUUUACUCAAGAGAGGCACUUGUUGACAUUUCAGCUCAGGGGGGUGGGGGUGGUGCUUAUUAGAGCAUGGGUGCAUAUAUAAGGAAAUAAGGUAACUUCAGGGGAACUUAAAUGCCACCUUAUCUCCUACAAUGCUAUGCUUUUAAUCAAUUUACUUUAAGUAGUCUCUGUAUUUUGGUUUUUAUUAUUGUUCUGUUAAAAAUUUCUUAUCUUGGUUUAUUAAUUAUGGCUACUACCCAAUGACAAUUUUAAGGGCGAUGCACAAUGAGAACUGUAGAAAAGUACAACCCUACAUCAAACACAUGGUGUGAAGUAUCAUCAAUGUCAACCCCUCGCCGAGGACUGGCUGCAGCUAUUUUAGAUGGUAUUCUGUAUGUUGUUGGUGGAUCAGAUGGCAUAGCUGCCUUGAAUCAGGUAUUGAUCAUCAUUAUUAGCCAGUUUCUGUAUGUAUAAGGGUGACUAACAGUACAUUGAAAAGGCUUUGAUCUUGCUGAAUUGUAAUACAAUUGAAUUGUAUUGCAAUCUCAAAUUUUGGUCAGUCUUUGUGAUAUGUCUUAAAAGUUCAUUUUUAGUGCAUUUUAUUUUGGUCUUGGAGUUAUUAAAUAGGCAAUUUUCUUUACUUAAACACGUCACUCCUCUCAUUCAGAGGGUUGAUUAUCUUCAGUCUUCCCCCCCCAAUCAUAUCCUUCUGUCUCCCUUUUCUUAACCUGGUUGUCACUGGCAUUCCUUCCCAAAGCUUCCUUUUCAUUGCAUUUCUUUAUUUCUUCCUUCUCGUGCAUAACAAAUCUCUCACAGGUAGAACAGUAUGAUCCAAGCUCUGACAAAUGGUCUCCUACUACAAGUAUGAUUGAACACAGGAGUAGUGUGGGGAUAGGGGUUCUUGAUGGCUUUCUUUAUGCAGUAGGAGGGUAUAAUGGACAAGUCACUGUUAACACAGCUGAGAGAUAUAAUCCACGAACUGGAGAAUGGAAUAUGAUCACUGAGAUGAACACAGUACGCAGCAUGCUUGGAGUGGCAUCCAUGAAUGGUCAGCUUUAUGCAGUUGGUAGGUUGAUCCAGUAUUCAGAGAGAUCAAUAUCUGACAAACGCUUGAAGAAAACUUAAGGAAGAUCUGUAAAAAACAUUUUCCUCAGAAGAUAUGGGAAGAAGACUGGGGAAGGUUGUUUGAACCCUGAAUAGGAUUUAUCUAGGGCUAGCUGCUUGCAAAAAGCUUUAUGUUAUCAUGAAAGCUUUUCCUGAAAAUACAUGUAGUAUCAAUCUUGCUGCAAAAAUCCCUGGUCUUGAGUUAUGAAAUAAAUCUCUAUUAACUGUUAUGUACUGGCUGGUAGCUGUGCUAGUUAGCUCCUGGUUGAAGAUAAGCAGUUAACUAACUAAAGUUUUAUGUUCCUAUUGAUCCAAGCCUGUGAGCAGGCACUAACUAUUGAUUCCACACAAGCAUUUUGUUGCCCAUGGGAAAUUACGAGGCAUUUAGCAAUGUGAACUGGCGAGAGGUUUGCAAGGAGUCUAGGAGUGUGAUUUCCUUGUUUUCCAUUUCCUUGCCAAGCCACAUAUGCUGGUAAAUUUUGAAACAUUUUUCCUCAACAAGUUUUGUUUGUAUUUUUAAGGUGGCUAUGAUGGUGUGACAGACCUCUCCUCUGUAGAGUUUUAUAGCAAUCAAACCAACCAGUGGCAGGUAGUGUCAUCCAUGAAGACUCCACGUUCUAUGGCGGGUGUGACAGUUUUAAAUGAUGUUUUGUUUGCUGUGGGUGGAUGCAAUGGUCAGAGUUUAGAAAGUGUUGAAAUCUAUACACCCGAGACUGACACCUGGAUGAUAAUUGCUCCCAUGAAAGAGCCUCGUAGUGGUGUGGGGACAGCUGUUAUUGAUGGUCUGUUGUAUGUUCUUGGUGGUUAUAAUGGAACAGAUUAUCUUAAUAGUGUGGAGGUUUUUCAUCCUCAGAAAAAGCGAUGGACCUCAGCAACAAGUAUGAAAACAAAUCGAAGACGAUUUGGCUGUUGUUCAUAGCUUGCUUAGAACACAGAAGUGUUUACUUUGAUUGAUCAUCAAAUUUUUUAAAAUUUUAAAAGAAAUCUAAGUGAACUGCAUGGGCCCAGUUGUUUUUCAAUCUACAGUAUUAAGGGCAAACUGAUGCUGCAAAGAUGUUCUGUUAGUUUUUAAAAUGGACAAGUCUGAUUUAACCCUUUCAAGCACUAGUCUUGAUUGAGUUGUAAUACACCUGGUUGUAGGAAACAAUAAAUGGCUCUGAUAAGUCAGGAUUUUUGUUUGCAACACUCAAUUUUCUCAUAAUACACCCACUGUCAAAUUAUUCAAAGGAAUGGUAGGAGAAAAGGACACAAGCAACAGGGAGAGGAC